AUGGCUACAACACUUGACAUAGCGGAUUGGUGCUCCAUUCAUUUCUUUUACCCUCGCAACCCGAAUUUUAUCCAAAUGCUCAAGCUUGUCGACGGUAAAAUAUCCCUUCAUAUCAACGGUACUUGUCCACUGUGCAGAUCAGAAAGAAUGGGAAAAGUUCCAGGGGUGGGUGAAUUGACUUUAGCCUCUGCAUUUUGUAAAAUGGAAAUGGCUACUGUUUCUCCAAAGACCCAUGGCCGAGAGAACACGUUAUCAUCACCGCUUUCAUCUCCCAACAAACGGAGUGCACUGUGUUUCCAGUUGAACAAGGCUCCAAGCGCCCCAGUCAGAAGCACCUGCACUCUCUUUGACCCCAAUAUUAAGCAUCCCUGUCAGGAUUGGCUGAGCUCUUUAGAUGAAUAUGGCAAUCUUAGAUUCUGUGGAUCAGAAGCAAAAAAUAUGCAAACCCCCACCGCAUCCAGGAUCUGA